GCCUUAGUUAGAGGGUUUUCAUUCAAAAAACUCGAACCGAAUUAGAAGGCGAAAGCACCAGCGGCCUCGUCUCGAGACAGAAAGUUGCUGCACCAAAAUUUGGUGUGACAGUCCCUCUAUCUCGCUCAUCACCGAAUUCAAUCUCUACCUCUUUUGUUCUGUCUGGGCAAUCAAUAGAUCAAUAGCUCCUAGGUAGCGGAUGAUCCACAAGCUAGAUAGCUGGCUAAUAGGUAGCUUGUUUGGUAGAGUUGUCGGUUGAAAGUGCGUACAGAAGAAGCAGAAGCAAAGAGAGCUAGCCAGCCAUCACAUUCGUAAUCACCAUCAUGCAAGACCCCAACAAUACCAACUACGACUUUAUGAAGACGAUUCAAGAAGAACAAUCGCAUGCGAGUUCUUCUUCGGCCACUGGAAGCCCCACCACAUCUCCUCUACGAACAGAAGCGUCCCUGUUAUCGUCUUCACAAGAUGAGUCUGACGCGCAACGAUCUCAGUUUGUGGAUGAACCACUGAGCGAUUUGGAGACUCCCGAGAAGGACUACCAUCGGUACAACAACAACAUUGACGCGUAUCAGCAGCAGCGACCGGAAGAAUCUCUGGCUCUGCCCCGCGUGCUGGCAGACGAGGAAAGCAGCGACGACAGUGAAGCGUUUGACAAGGCCAUUGAAGAAUGGGAGAGUGAAGUACACCGAUCGGGGUCACUCUGUGUGACGGCACCACACGACAAUCGCAGCAGCAACGUGGUAGAAGCGACGGAUGAGCAUCCACCUGGCGUAAUGAAACACAUGGAAUGGGCCCACCACUCGUAUCCCGCAGAACUCGAUGCCGGUGAUGUUCCCAUUCAUUCCAGUAUUGCCCGAUGGCAACCACGACGGCAAUCGCAGUACUGCGAUCCACAUUACGACGAUGACUUUAAGAACGAGUAUGAAGAAGAAACGGAAUACGUAUGUUUCGGCUGUAUAAAGAGAGAAUGGAGCUCUUCCAAUCCAGCACUCGCCGUCGUCGUAAUUUUGAUACAAAUCAUGAUUGUCGUCAUUUUUGUCCUGCUCUUUCUUCCAAGUCAUGACACGGUCGAUGACGACAAUAUUGAUCCAACCAACAAUAAUAAUGCAUCGGCCAUUAUCAUCAUUCCAUCGACCAAUGGAAACUCGACAAGCACUACCACAGCAACACCCACUCUGUCACCCACAAUCUUUAUACCAGAGCCAACCACUACGGCAACAACAACACCAGAACAACCUACCACAACAACAACCACACCACCACCAUCUGUACCUGUAGAACCAGAACCAACCACUACAACUCCACCGCCAGUCACAGUCAUCACAGUGGCUCCCACAACCAGAAAACCAACCAAUUCACCCUCAUCCCUGCCAGUCAUGACACCACCACCCGUUGUCAUUCCACCACCGCCAGAACCAACCGUCAAUCCAACAACCGCAGCAACAGUACCAGAAGAAAUACCAACACAACCACAACCCACUUUCUCCACUAACACUCCACCGCCAUCGACACAACCCCUGGGGACGACUGUCUUUUUGGCGUGGCUACCACAAGAAACACAAGACACCAUCAAUAAUGAUUUUGAAUCACCACAAGCACGAGCGUUUGAUUGGAUGCUACAAGAUCCACAAUGGAACUCCUUUGGACGAAAUAGAGCCCUCCAACGAUAUGCCCUGGCCACGCUAUACUAUGCCACCCGGGGAGAUCUAUGGGAUGUCACCACUGGAUGGUUGCAGUACAAUGUCCACGAAUGCGACUGGGGACGUUCUCCACCGGCCAGUAGUGCACUCUAUUCCACCGCCACGCCCGUUUGUGACUUGCAGCGACAGAACUAUCAAUCGCUGCAACUCACCAAUAACAAUCUGCAAGGGACCAUUCCACCCGAGUUGCAGUUAUUAACAAGACUCCAAGUAUUCGAUCUCUCGCAAAACACCAAUCUACAAGGCAGCAUUCCCGAAUCCGUCAUGGCGCUGUGCACCGAUUUGCAACUCAUGGUGGUCUUUGAAAAUAGACUCACGGGAACCAUCCCGACGGCCAUGGUCAAUCUGCCCGAUUUACAGUCGUUGCAUGCGUGGGACAAUGGUCUCACUGGACCGGCAUUGCCGCCGGGAUUGCUCGCGCAAGCGACCAACUUGAGACAUUGGCAUGUGGGCAACAAUGCCCUCACGGGAAGUUUCCCCACCACGGAACAAUUGGUCCGACAACCCGUAUCGACACCCUACUUUUUGUUGUCGCUAUGGUUGUACGGAAAUCAAAUGACCGGCAGUCUGCCACCGGAAGGUAUUGGAGAACUGAGUCGAUUGACGUCGUUGCUGGCUUGGGGCAAUCGCUUGACGGGGACACUGCCACCACAGAUUGGUUUGUUGCGACAAUUGCAGCAGUUGGAUUUGGAAGCCAAUUUAUUCACUGGAAGUAUCCCUUCGGAAAUUGGACAAUUGUCGGCGCGGCUCAAGGGAUUGUGGUUGUCUUCCAACAAUUUCACGUCGACGUUGCCCGUCGAAUUGGGACAAUUGCAAGGCAUGACAGUGCUGUCUCUGCACGACAAUUCAUUGACCGGAACCAUCUUGACAGAAGUGGGCCAGCUCACGUCGCUGUACGAUUUUGUGUUGCAGGACAACCAAUUCACGGGCCCGAUACCGAGUGAAAUUGGGAAUAUGCGAAAUUUGCGCGUCAUGCAGUGGGAUACCAACCGUCUGACGGGCCCGAUACCGCCCGAUAUAGGACGCAUGACCAAUCUUGAGCGCUUGUACCUGUUUCAAAAUCAAUUGACGUCGACAAUCCCUCCUGAAUUGGCACUUCUACCGUUAAUGCAAGACUUGCUGUUGCAGCAAAAUUCUUUGGAAUCGACAAUACCGCCCGAGUUGGGACAGUUGUCACGGCUACAAACACUGUAUCUAAAUGAAAACUCGAUCGCUGGAGCCAUUCCGUCAGAGCUGGGACUUUUGUCUGGGAACCUGGUGGUUUUAGAUUUAUCUGACAACCAACUCUCGUCGUCCAUACCGUCCGAAAUUGGUUCUUUGAUCAAAAGCCAAGGAGGUGGCAAGUUGGAGCAGUUACGAUUGUUUCGCAAUCAACUCGUUGGAAGCUUGUCGGAUUCUCUCUUUCCUGCCGAAGGAGAUGGAAGUCCUUUGAUCCAAUUCGUGGCCGAAGAAAAUCUUCUAACAGGCAGCAUCCCUUCGUUUAUUGGGCAGUGUGCAAGUCUUCAAGAGCUUCGGCUGGCUUCGAAUUUGUUGCGAGGCUCCAUUCCCACGGAGAUCGGUCUAAUCAGACCGGUGGGUCUUGAAUUGAACGACAACCAGAUCGUCGGUGCGAUACCAACAGAGGUGGGGUAUCUCAAGGACCGUUUGGUCAAGCUGGACUUGUCCGGGAAUCUUUUGAGCUCCUUCAUUCCAACCGAAAUCGGAGAGCUCUUUCUCCUAUCCAACCUGCUUUUGAGUCAGAAUGCUCUGCUGUGGACAAUCCCGACAGAGAUUGGCAUGCUGGUGAACAGCCUCAAGAUUCUUCAUCUGUCCGAGAACAACUUGGCUGGUUCGCUGCCCAUCGAGGUUGGUGCUCUCACAAACCUCGAGGAGCUUCAUCUAGACGAUAACCCGUAUUUGUUUGGGGCGCUCCCAACAGAAGAAUUGGCAGGUCUUACCAGCCUUCGAGAAUUGACAAUAAACGGCACUUCCCUGAGUGGGACGCUCCCACCAAGCCUAUGCGAAGUAAGCUUGUUGCAGGUGGAUUGUGCCUCGCCGGGAAAUUUGAGAUCAGGGGUGUGUGGAUGUGAUUGUGCUUGUCGUCGCUGAAUCGAAUGAAUCUAUUCAAACUCGAGUUCAACAGCUAUCACACGGGACGACGGUGACCAAACACAGUGUUAAGUUGUAAAGUGUAAAUCUAGAAAAUGUUCGCUGUCUUGU